GCUUCUGGGGGCGGAGCCCGGGGCUCCGCUCCUCCCCCCGCCCGCACCAGCCUCGCUCUCAUUGACUGCGCGGCGGCCUCGCGAGCUGCCGCUCCUCGAGCUUGCUCUGGGACCUGGGAAGGCGAGGGCAGGGAAGGGUGGGACACGUGACCGAGAAGGGCCCUCCGUAGGCCACGCCCCCUGUGGUGGGCCACGCCCUGCCCCCACCCCGACCCCUCUCUGCACUGGGGAGGAGUGACAGCCCUUCCCACCAGGUGCAGCCCAGGAGGGCACCAUGACCCCCCUCCAGCCUGGGGUGGGCUGAAGGCUUCCCGCCCCUCUGCCCAGGGAAGCAGCAUCCCUAGCAGUUGCCAUGGCAACAAGGAGGCGGUGAUGGAGAGGCUGGUCCCUUCAGGUGACAGCUGACCUCCCCAUCAGGACAGGGCAGAGAGGCUGUGGGACCCCCCCCUUAGCUUUCCCCCCUCCUCUGCCAUGGCCCCGCACAAAGGCUCCCAAGGGCUGCUCCUGACCUUGACCUUGCACUCAGCCCUGACCCUGAGCCCCGUUCCUGGGGCAUCCCUCUUCCCUCAAUGGGACUACUGCAUCCUGGGCGCUGGCCCCGCAGGUCUGCAGAUGGCAUACCUCCUGAGGCAGGCUGGCAGGGACUACGUGGUGUUUGAGCGGGCAGGGGCGCCGGGCAGCUUCUUCACCCGCUACCCACGCCACCGAAAGCUCAUCAGCAUCAACAAGCGGUACACGGGCAAGGUCAACAGCGAGUUCAACCUUCGCCACGACUGGAACUCCCUGCUGAGCCACGACCAGCGCCUGCUCUUCCGACACUACUCCAAAGCCUACUUCCCCCAUGCCGAUGACAUGGUGCGCUACCUGGGCGACUUUGCCGACCGACUGAGGCUCCAGGUGCACUACAACACAGCCAUCGUCCACGUCACGCUCAGCAAGAACCGGCGCGCCUGGAACGGCCACUUCUUCAUCCUCACUGACCAGAGGGGCCAAGGCUACCAGUGCAGCGUGCUGUUUGUGGCUACAGGUGUGUCGGUCCCCAAUGAAAUCGACUUCCCGGGAUCAGAACAUGUGGAGGGCUAUGAGUCAGUGUCUGUCGACCCAGAGGACUUUGUGGGCCAAAAUGUCCUGAUCCUGGGCCGUGGGAACUCGGCCUUCGAGACAGCAGAAAACAUCCUAGGUUAUACCAACUUCAUCCACAUGGUGGGCCGCUCCCGCAUCCGCCUCUCCUGGGCCACCCACUAUGUUGGAGACCUGAGAGCCAUCAACAACGGGCUCCUAGACACAUACCAGCUGAAGUCCUUGGAUGGCCUGCUAGAAACCGACUUGAAGGACCUGGCCAUCGUGAAGGACAGUAAGGGAAGACUUCGCAUCACCCUGCCAGUCUUCAUGGCCAAAGCCAACAAGAAUGCCACCGCCGAGGCCGUCUCCCUCCCCCAGGAUGAAGUGGACAACUUUGCCAUGCGUGUUCCCUACGACCGUGUGAUCCGCUGUCUGGGCUUCACCUUCAACUUCUCGAUCUUCAGCAGCACUCUUGGACUGGCCCCAGGGAAAGGGCAGAAAAAAAAGUACCCACUGAUCAAAGCCAGUUACGAGUCCAAAAGAACCCGUGGGCUCUUUGUUCUAGGCACCGCCAGCCACUCUGUGGACUACAGGAAAUCUGCUGGAGGCUUCAUCCAUGGAUUCCGAUACACAGCCCGAGCAGUUCACCGAUUACUAGAACAUCGCCAUCACGGCAUCCCCUGGCCUUCCCCUGUGUAUCCCAUCACACAGCUCACCAACACCAUCAUCCGCCGGGUGAAUGAAGCCUCAGGCUUGUACCAGAUGUUCAGUGUACUGGCAGACAUCAUCCUUCUGAAGGAGAAGGCCACAGGCUUUGAGUACCUGGAGGAAUACCCCAUCAAGAUGCUGGCCGAGCUGGAGACCCUCACCGGGCGGGAAGCCCAGCAAGGGCUCUUUGUUGUCACAAUGGAGUAUGGCAAGAACUUCUCUGGACCAGACAAGGAUGUCUUCUAUUACGACCGGGCUGUGGGGGACGUGGAGGAUGCCUGGCAGUCCAACUUCCUUCACCCUGUCAUCUACUACUAUCACUGCCUCCCCACAGAGAAGGAGAUGGCAUCCCGGGCCCCAGGCUGGCCCCUGCCUCGGCCAGUGGCCAUCCACCACAUCGUGGAAGAUUUCCUUACAGACUGGACUGCGCCUGUAGCCCACAUCCUCCCCUUGAGGCGCUUCUUGGAGAACUGCCUGAAUAAUGACCUUCGAAGUUUCUAUGCAGAGUCCUGUUUCCUGUUCGCUCUAACACGCCAGAAGCUGCCCCCCUUCUGCCAACAUGGGUACAUGAACAUGCAAGGGCUCGUGGGAAAUGAGAGACUUAGGCGCCACGGAAUCGAAAGUGGUCUCAUGGAGGACUAUACCGCCAUCAAUGAACAGCCAGUUGACCAGAAGCAGGGAGACCCCAGGAUUCCAGUUCACCUAACCCAGCAUGCCACCAGCAUUAAGGAAGAACUCUGACCUCUAAGAGACUUGGGCUGGGGCCCUUCCCCAGAUCCUUCUAAACCUGGGGGACCCAGCCCCUUCCACAGGCUUCCAACUGCCAAAGACCCACUCAGACCAUUGUGAGUGAUAGGACCAAAGCAGGAUGAGGAAAGGCAGAGAGUGGGCCCUGGUGCCCUCUCUGUCCAGAUCCAGGACCUGGCAUGUCCCUAUUGGGGGCAGCGUGCCCAAACACUGGGUCCUCCUCAGGCUUGGAGCCAUCGUCCCACCUUGUGCCUGUCUCCCAUCCAACAAUCACUGAGCCACAAUUUGACCUAAUCUUGACACCUUUGACUCUGCUGUUCAUUCUUCUUCUUUGAGGAGGUGGGGUUCUCUCCAGAGGCCUCCUCUGAGAAUCCAUGUUGCAGGUGACAUGCCAUCACCAGGGGCACCUUCCGCACUGUGUCCCACCAAAUUAGACAUUAGGUCUCAGAGCUCAGGGUGGGUCAGCUGAUCUUCCCCUCCAGGGACCAAUGGAGGCCAGUUCCCUGCACGGUACCAUCUCCUCCUCCUGGCCCUGCAUCCAGUUGGUGUCUGUCUCAGUUUGUUCCCGGUAUGAGAUGCCUUUCCAGUAAACCCUGCCUGAACCACACGCAAGUGUUUUUCAUUUUACUCCUGUGAUCCCAGCUCUGCCCUCCUGGCACUGAGCAUGGCGCCUCCCUGGCCCACCCACUCAUAUAAGGAUAGACUGUGAUCAUGUUGUCUCCUUUAGCAAAAUACUAUGUAAUUAGCUCGUUGGUCCCAUCUCCAUCAUUUUUUGCACAGAGCCUAGCGCAGCUCUGCUUCGUCAGCCCAGAAUGUUUUCUGACAAUGAGGUGGAAAACUUUGCUUCUCUUUUCGCUGAUGUCGAGAGGUUUCUCUUCUCUCUCCAUCUUCCGUUCUGGUUCCCGUUGUUUUUGCCACACUUCCUCAACAAGUCUGUGCAUGGGUCCCCUCCCCUUCUUCUCCAGGCACCAUAGAUCCCAUAUUGCUUUAUAGUCUGCAGAGACUGAGAGUGUGGGAGUCAGCAUCCCCAUUUCACAGAAAGGGAACCUGAAGCCCAAGGGAUCAAGUGACUUGACAAGAUUCACAUAGGGAUUUGGUCCCAGAACCAGGAUUUGCACCCAGAUUUUCUGAUUCACAGUACUCUGGUUCCUCUUUCAUACCAGAACCCUUAACCCUUACGUAAAUAAAGAAAAAAGCUUUUCUAUUUUGUCUGGAUCACAAGUGAACAAUUAGGAAGCAUUUGUGAAUUAGGGAGUACUCCAGCUGGAGUAUGGAGGUAACCUUCUACAGGUUGGCUGGUAGAGGACAGAGCGAUUCUUUUGGCCACGGCAACAUAUAAACAGUAAUUUUCUCCUCCCUCAAUAUUAGACAGAUGGCAUUCAGUUUUCUUCCUGGUUCUUCAUUGUACCCCACCACAGGAUAGCUCUUUCCUUAGAACCAGAUGCCUCCUCGAGUCCCAUGUCCUGGGGCUCCCAUCCACACCUGUCUGCCCUGUUCUCCAGACCCAUGAUUCUUUAGCACUCUCUAAGCAGAGGCCCGUCUGCAUUGGACACAGCAAAACCCUCAAAGCUCCCGUCAUGGAGGAGUCAUCGGCAGCAAAAGUUAAAGAUGACCCCAAGACCGCAGAUGCUUUUCAGGCUGAUCACUAGCAGGGGUGUUUCCUUGUUGCCGGGGAACAGAAUCAAUGCCAUCCUGCGAGAAUUCCAAGUUAAAGCAAGAUAUGCAUUUGCUGACCACACGGCUUCUUCUGGUUCUUCUGUAAAUAUAUGAGGCUGAGCUGGAUCCUCAAUCCUACUGUAUCCAUACCCACUCAGCUGAGUGCGAGUAUAUACUCUCAUCAAAAGCGGUUUGAAAUCAGCUUGGUUGAUAAGAAUCCAAGCUGCUGUCAUCACCACUGAUUUACUGUUGUCUAAGUACAACAUCUGCUGUUUUCUUCAUCUGCUAAUCCAAUCAGCAUUCCCACCAGAUUGAUUCACUUUUAAUAAAACCAUGAUUCCAUUGUCUGCA